AUGGAGUCAUUUAUUAAUGAUUCAACUUUAUUUAAUAUAACUGAAAUUGAAAAUAUAGAUGAUAUAGAUUGCCAUUAUGUUGAUCAUCACCUUAUAAAUAUUCGUUUUUGGUUGGUGUCUGUUGUUGGAACAUUUAUAGCAUUUAUUGCUAUAAUAUUAAAUACAUUUUUAUUUUUAUUAUUUAUAACUAAUAAAUCACACAGAAAUUCACCUUCAUUAUAUUUAUUGUUACUUGCAUUUUUUGAUGUUUUUAUGGGAGUGUCUUAUAUACUUGUAAUGUCCGGUCGUGUAGUUAAAAAUUACUAUGGUAAUUUAUUUCUUCAAAAAAUAUGGAUGUCUUAUGUUGUCAUAAUGAUGGUAAUUUCACAUAUUGCUAUGACAGCAUCAUCAUAUCUAAUUGUUUUUGCAACUCUUGAAAGAUAUAUGAUAACAAUUGGUCAUAACAGUGUACGCUUUUUAAGAAAAUACCGCAAGAUACUUGCUUUAUUUGCUGUAUUAUUAGGUUUUUUUAGUAAAGGAACUAUAUUUAUAGAGUUAAAUGUUACAAUAAAUGAAGAAUGUAUUGGAACUUUUAAUGAAUAUGUUUUAGGUAUUGCUGAUUUUUUGUCAGAAAAUCAUGUAUAUAAUACAUAUUGGAAAUUUUAUUAUCGUAAUAUUGUAACAGUUUUACUUCCAUUUUUUCUUUUAAUGAUAUUUAAUAUUGGAAUUUUAAAUAAACUUAGAAAAAGAGAUAAUCAUAUAAUGACAUCAUUUUUAUUAAAAGAACAAGAAAAUUCAAAAGCAAGAAAAACAAAAAUUCGUGCUGCAACUAGGACAACAGUUCUUGUUGGAUUAACUUACCUUUUUUCAAAUGCUUUAAAUGUUAUAAUAACAAUAUGGGAACAUGUUGAUGCAAUUGCUUUAACUGAAAUGUAUUUUGAUUUUUAUGUUAUCUCUGUAGAUUUAGUUUCUGUAUUAACUGUUAUUGCAUCAGCAAUGAGAAUUAUAAUUUAUGCUUGUAGUCAAAUGACAAUGAGAAGUGAAAUAAAAAAUUUCUGGAAUAAUGGUUUAAGAAAUCUUAAUUGUAGUAAUAGAAAAAAAAUAAAAACUCUCAAAAUGGAUACAAGUAGUGAUGAUGAAGAUGUUUUAGAUGGUAAAAAAAAUAUCGAUGAAAAGAAUAGAGUUUCUCUUUCAAGUAUAAAAAUUGAUAAUAAUAGUCAAAAUAAAGAAUUUUUAGUAUAA